CUACGCAGCACCGUGACGUAUACGUAUGAUGCACUACGACCACACUGUGCAGCGGAAGGUGGCCGCUGGUCAGCGCGGUCAAGCUCAAGUUCUCAGCCGUGGCGGUGCGCGAUGACGACGUAGCGAGACACAGAGGAGGGCGGGACGUCGGUAUGUAUGCAGCGCCUCUGGAUCUCCGCUCUAUUGCAUCACUCCGUCGACCGUGGUGGAAGACGGCGCAAGUGCCUCGCAUUGCAGGAGAAUUCAAAGACAACCACGCCGGAUACCCCGCGCUGUCAACCCCGUCGUGUCAGGGCACCCACCUGCCGACGAUCAUGAACUCACCGCGCUUCGCAGAACGUCCUAACAGGCCCCUAUCACCGCUUUGGGCAAAUCAGACUCCAGCCAGGAGCUGUCACAGGCUCUGGACACUGGAAAUCUUCCCGCCAGGCGUCCCUGACGGAAGCCCGGAGGUGGGGAGAGUUUGCGCAGGUGCGCUGUGCCGCCGGCGAUGCGCGAAUGUCCCGCACUGGGUCCGGGAAGUGAAGGACGAACGGGGAAGGGACCUUGCUGUCUAGGGUAAGGUUCGGGAUGUGUUGUGGUGGAGCGUCGGACUGAGGCUUGCGACGGGAUCACCGACCCAGGACACGGAAGAUCAG